GUCGCUCCGUGCAUUAGCUUCUCUUCCGUUGUUGUUUGUUGGGCCCAAUUCUUGCUCUGCCUUAGCCGCCUCUGCGAUAUACUCUCUGUCUCUCGCUCGAGUUUUUUUGUUUUGCAAGUGAAACAGAUUUUCCAAAAAUGUGUUUAAAUUAAGGGACUAAGUGAAAGUCGUUUGAUACUAGUUAAAGCUAUGUGAAAUUGCCUAAAAAUAGACCAAAAAAACACGGAGCAAGAGACAAUACGACUACGGACUAGGAGAUGAAUUUUAUGUUUGUGUCUUGGACUGUGUCUGUGUAUGUUAAAAGUGGAAUAAUUAUUUAAAAAUAAACAUCUAGUAGACAUAAUACUUAAACAAAAAAUUAAUCCAUCAGCGAAGGAGAUACUGAAACACACAGAGAGAGAGAGAGAGAGAGAGAGAGAGGAAAACUGCCAACAACAUAAAAAAAUAAACAAAGGACCAAGGACUUAGCAUGCCAGCUGCAGUUAUGGCUUCCGAUAUCAAUUGGGAUCCUGCGCUUUCCAAACUGUUCACCACCUUAAAAGAGUCGGAUAAUUUAUCAAAUGAUCAGGAAAUUGAUUUUCUUAAAGCUCUACUCGAAUCAAAAGAAUUGAAUGCUUUAGUUAAUGUUCACACUAAGGUGGCAAAAGUUGGUAGAGAUGAUCGUCUAGCUCCUGUAUUAUCAACAUCAUCCCAAGUGCUCUAUGAGGUCCUGGAACAAUUAUCGCAACACUGUCAUCUCAACGAGGAAUGCAAAGAAGUAUUUCAUUUGCUACAAGAUGUCCAUUUGCAGCACUUGUUAUUUGCCCAUGAUGCCAUAGCCCAAAAGGAUUUCUAUCCUCAUCUGCCAGAGGCUCCUGUUGAAAUGGAUGAAGAUGAGGAGACCAUUAAAAUUGUUCAAUUAGUUAAAAGCAAUGAACCUUUGACAGGAGCACAAAGUGCGGAGCCAAUUGUUGGCGCCACCAUUAAGACAGAUGAGGAAACUGGCAAAAUAAUCAUUGCAAGAAUAAUGCAUGGCGGUGCCGCCGAUCGUUCGGGUCUAAUACAUGUGGGUGAUGAGGUUAUCGAGGUUAAUAGCAUCAAUGUGGAGGGCAAAACACCGGGAGAUGUUUUAAGCAUAUUGCAAAACUCCGAGGGCACCAUUACCUUUAAGCUAGUGCCAGCGGAUACCAAAAAUGCCCAGCGUGAGUCCAAGGUGCGUGUGCGUGCCCAUUUCGAUUAUAAUCCCGAUGUGGAUCCCUAUAUACCCUGCAAAGAGGCUGGCCUUGGGUUUCAACGGGGCGAUGUCUUGCAUAUAGUGGCCCAAGAUGAUGCCUACUGGUGGCAGGCACGCAAAGAGCAUGAGCGUAGUGCUCGAGCUGGUCUUAUUCCCAGUCGGGCACUGCAGGAACGUCGCAUAAUACACGAGAGGACACAACGUGAGGGCGGCAAUGCGGAUCUAGAUUCGAAGCCCGGUUCAUGCGCCUCACUCUGCACCACUAAUACCCCACCUGGCUCCCCGCGUUUGCAUACGAGCAGCAGCAGUUCAUCAUGUCGCCAGCCAAAGACUAAAAAGAUCAUGUACGAUUUGACAGAGAAUGAUGACUUUGAUCGCGAACUGAUUGCCACCUAUGAGGAGGUGGCCAAAUUGUAUCCACGUCCGGGUGUAUAUCGUCCCAUUGUGCUCAUCGGUGCUCCAGGAGUUGGACGCAACGAGCUGCGUCGUCGUCUAAUUGCCAGAGAUCCGGAUAAGUUUCGUAGCCCAGUGCCAUAUACUACCCGCCCAAUGCGGACUGGCGAAGUGGCCGGACGGGAAUAUAUCUUUGUGGCCCAUGAGAAAAUGGAAGCAGAUAUUGAGGCUGGCAAAUUUGUCGAACAUGGUGAAUAUAAAGGACAUCUCUAUGGCACUUCGGCUGAGAGUGUAAAAUCCAUUGUCAAUGCCGGCUGUGUUUGUGUUCUAAGUCCGCAUUAUCAGGCAAUUAAAACUUUGCGUACAGCCCAAUUGAAGCCAUUCCUUAUACACAUUAAGCCACCAGAGCUGAGUGUCCUGAAAUCCACCCGCACCGAAGCACGUGCCAAAUCUACAUUCGAUGAGGCAAAUGCUCGUAGUUUCACCGACGAAGAAUUCGAGGAUAUGAUCAAAUCGGCGGAACGUAUAGAUUUCCUUUAUGGACACUUUUUCGAUGUCGAGAUAGUCAAUGGCGAAUUGAUCAAUGCCUUUGAGCAAUUGGUUCAAAAUGUUCAACGACUCGAGACGGAACCUCUCUGGGCGCCUUCCAUGUGGGUGCAAUAAAUGCCAAAAAAAAAAGAUAAGAGAACUCAAAACAAAAAAAAAACUAUAAACAAAAAAAGUUGCAUAAAUCCAACACCAAAGUAUUUUUUCUGCCAUACCGAAUUUAGCAAUUUGAUGCUGAUGGAGUUUUUAGAAGUUAAUGACUUUGAGAAUGAGAGAAUGAUAAACAAAUAAAAAAAUACCCUAAAUAAAGAUAUAAAACCCUUUGGGCCUGGCCUCCUCAGUCCUUUUUUUCACUAUAUGUACCUUGUUUUUGCAUAGAAAAAAAGAAAAAGUGAAAAACGUAAACACUAUUGAAAAGAAUACAAUAACAAAAUUUCAAAUUAACUAAAUUAACUAAAACAAGUUCAUUACAAAACUAUAUUGUACAAAUCGGAUUUCUGUUCAACUAUAUUCUACUAUUACAAAUCAAGCAAAUCAAAUUGUAUAUACACAAAUAAAAAAAAUACAAUAGAUUUCAUUUGGUUCUAUAUAUAAAAAUAUAUGUAUAUUGUAUUGUAUUCCUGAUCUGUCCUGAUCUUUGAGAUGUUCACAUUGUUAAAAACAAAUGACAAAUUAAUAAAAAACCAAAAAAGAAAAUGAAAAAUACAUAAAUAAAACUCCUAUUUUAAAGUAAAAAAUUAA